AUGUCCAUACAGAGUAAGACUAUUCCCCAACCAAUUAAAGAAAUUCAAGUUCCACUUCACGAAGUUCAAGUUGUAGUCGAGCCAGUUGAGCGUAAACAGGUAUACAAGCACACAAAUACCCGAAAGAUGCGCAACUCACCGACACCUACGAUAAGAAGGAGUGCUCGUAAAGCGCAAGAAAAAGAGAAUAUCAACAGCAGCAGUAGCAACAACAUUAUUUAUUCUACUCCAGAUAACCCCUUUGAUGUGAAUAAAGAAAAUGGCACUGACGAUGAAAAUACCUGGAAUUUUCGAAGUGGAAAGAAGCGUCGGGUGGUGGGAAAUUUCGAACGACAAUUGAGAAACGUGUUAAAAGAGGCAACGGAAUCUAAACAAGAAGCAACAGCAUACCUAAGGUCCAAAUAUAUCAAAUCCUCUCCAGUAAAGGAUUCUUUUCAAGUACCUGACGAAAGUAACGGAGAAACAGAGGAGGAGGUUGAUGAACUGCAAGAUACAGUACUUGGUGAAAAUGCAGAUGAUGAAAGUGAUGAGAAAGAGGAACAAAAAAUACAAGUGAUUGAAACCAAAAGAACUCGACGAGUAGCUGCUGUUCACGAAAGAGACGAAAAAGGUUGGGAACGAUAUUUCGCAGACCAUCACAGCACAUCAUCAGCCCGAACUUCAUUUCACACACUUUCGAAACUUCCCGCGUUCGAACAAAAGGAUUUGAUUGAAACUAUUAAUUCACUACCGUUAAAACACCAAGAUCAAUUAGGUACCAUUGCAAAAAAUUACGAGGCUUUAUUCUCCCAAUGGUAUUAUCAACUCAGAUGUGGCUUUAAUAUAAUAUGUUAUGGAUAUGGUUCCAAACGAGGAAUAUUAGAGAAAUUCGCACGUGCACGAGACGACAUACACGUUCUCAUUAUAAAUGGAUUCAUGCCCAAAACCACGCUCAAAACCGUUUUACGCGACAUUAUUCAAGGUUAUCUGAAUGAACAACCACACGGCUCAAUGGAACAACAGACAAAACAUAUUGUCACAUAUUUUUCAAUUCUAAAUCGCGAAAUCAAUAAAUUAUACCUAGUUUUCCAUAACAUUGACGCCGUACAACUUCGCACCGAACAAACGUACAACUGCCUCAGCAUCAUCGCUUCUUGUCCAAACAUUCGUCUUAUCGCCUCUACGGAUCACAUCAACAUCGGGAUGCUAUUUGAUCAGGUGACCACGUCUCGCUUCAAUUGGUUAUGGUUUGAAUUGGCCACCUUCCAACCCCACAAGAUCGAACACAGCUUCCAAAACUCGUCGUUGAUGAAUAGCGAGUCCGAAUUAAGCCCGCAAGCAGUUUACCACGUUUUGUCAAGUUUGUCCCAGCGUGCACGUGGUGUAUUCAAGACUUUGAUUGAACAUCAGAUUGCCGAAGCUGAAAAAGCAAGCAAACAUCUCAAGCCUAAAGAUACGGGAAUAGAAUAUAAUGCGUUGUAUGAUAAAUGUAGAAGGGAAUUUCAUGUCAAUAGUGAUAAUACAUUCCGGGGGCAUCUAACCGAAUUCCGCGAUCAUCGCAUAAUUCAGUCUUAUCGAAGCGCUCAUGGAACCGAUAUCCUUUACGUUCCGCUGGAUCCCGAUAGGUUGAAGGGUAUUGCUGAGAAAUUAGAAGAACUGGGCGAAGACUAA